AUGAGCAAUACGCUCAAUAGAUCUAAUUCUAAGCAAAAAUCUUAAGUUGAUAUUAGGCAACUGAAGUAAAUUAGAAUUUAAUCGUCUGAGAGCUCUAUGACAAAUACGCUUCAAGAUAACUUUGCAAGAAGUUUAAAAUCUCCUGCGUUUCAGGAAUUCAAUUUAACUGCUACUUCAUUUCUAUUUUCUAAAUCUACUUAGAAUUAUUUUACAAAUAACCAAAAAAGUUUCUUCUUUUCUUUUAAAAAAGAGCUUACAGAAAAUGCAGAAUUAAAUGAUUUGUUAAAAUUGUAAAAUGAAAAGGAGAAGCUGUAGGUGCAGCUUCAGCAUAAUAAAAAAGAAAUGCGAUCAAUUAGUUAAAACUUGAAUGUUUUUUAAAAAGCUAACAUGGAAAAAAUAUUUAAAGAAGCUUAGGAAAUAGAAAAAAGAACUCAAAGUUUAAGAACUAAAAUCAGGAGCUAUAAAAAAUCUAACAAUUUUAUUUUUGCAGAUGAGGAAUUAGUAUACACUGAUUUUUCUAAACUAAAACAAAAUGCAGAGGGUAGUCCUAAGAGGAAUAUAAAUAUCUAAUAAUAGGAAUUAGAUUAAGGAUUUUAAGAUAAUUUAAGUAAUGAAAAUACUUAGAUUAAAGCUGAAUAAAACCAAAAUGAGUAAGAGAACUACCACUUUUUUUGCUUGAAAGUUGAUUUUAAUUCUGCCUACUCUCCUGCAUUUAGGGAAGGAGCUUCUUUAAAUUAUUUAAACGGUAAUUUGUAUCUUUAUGGAGGUUUAGGAGAAGAGAUAAGAAAAGAAGUAGAUCAGUUUGAUUUAGUCUCUAAAUAAUGGAAAAAACUGGAGUUUAAAAGUGAAUACUAUCCCCACAAAGGGAUGUUUGGUCAUACUGCAGUAACAUACAAAGAUAAUUUUAUAAUUAUAUAUGGAGGAUAAAGUUAAUUCAAUUCUAAACUAAAAUAAAGACACUGUUUUAGCGAUGUUUGGAGCUUUGAUGUUUUAAAAUGUGAGUGGUCUUAAGUAGUAGGUUUUGGAUCUAUACCUGAAUAGAGAAGAAAUCAUAGCAGUGUUGUUAAAGAAAAUCUUUUAAUCACACUAGGAGGAGUUUCAAAUAACGAUAGAUAUUUAUCCGAUAUAUAGACAUUAAACUUAGAUUUAGGCAGAUGGAAAACAUACUAAUUUGAUUCAAUCUUUCACGAUGGCAUUGCAUUUCAUAAAAUAGUGGCAGUUUUUAUUUCAAAAAACCAGAUGAAAAACAAAAAAAAGCAAAGCCUUAUUAUUGAUAGAUUAAAAUAUAACGACGAGGGCAUUUACUGUUAUGGAGGGAAAAACAGAAAAGGAAAAUUAUAUUCUUAAAUGAUGGUGUUGAAGUUUGUCAAAGAAAACAGUUCAUCAAAAGAAGAGUUAAGUGAGUGGUAGAAUAUUUAAACUAUUGGCAAGCAACCUCCUGCAAGAUUUGAUCAUUCUAUGGAUUAUAUAGAAGCUUUGAAUUGUUUAGUUAUUUUUGGAGGAAUUGGAGAAACUCAAAAUAGAUUAGCAUAUGUGCAUUACAAUGAUCUUUGGAUAUUCAAAAUCUCAACAAAAACAUGGGUUUAAAUUAAUUUUGAGUAUUUAGAUAACGUAUAUCGUUCUGGACAUGCUAGUUGUGCUUUAGGUUCAUAAAUUUUCUUUUUCGGAGGGUUAUAAGAAGCUCAAUAUUCUAAUUGCUUUCUUUACUAUAUAGAAACUGAUAACAUAAAUUCCUAUAAGCUUAAGAGAGCGAUGGAAGGGGAUGAUUAUUCUAAAGAUGUGAGUACUCCAUUAACAGAUUUUAAGUUUAUUAACCAGUAGUAAUAGCAGCUUGCAUUUGAGCAGGCAAAAUAAAACUCUUAAGGAGAAGAAUAAUAAAUUUCUCAUUCAAAAUUUCCUCUUAAUUUUAAAUCUUUUGCCCCACUUCCAAACAAAUUUUAGUUAAAAUCUCUUCGCCCAAUAAAUUUAUCAUAAUAACAAGAAAAUUAAAUAUAAAAUACGAGAAAAAGAUAGAGAAGCUUACACACUACAAAUACCCAGACCUUAUAAAAUGAAAUCUAAUAAAGAAAUAGAAAUAUUAGCUCUUUAACUCCAAGGACUAACGAUAAUAAGCAACUUUUUUCUCCUAUUUCUUUUAACUAGACUGGGUCUAAAUUUUCUAAAAUAAGGUAAUUCCAUAAUUCUUUUCAAACAAAUUUCUCUCAAAAGGCAUAGCCAUAUAUAAUUUGA